AUGAAAAAAGUUAGGGUUCGGUCAGAAUUUGAUGCCAAAGUGAAUGGAGCUCUGUCCACUGAUUUUGACCCUCGGUUCCUUGACAGGCAAAAAGCACUUGAUGCUGCUAUGAAUGACAUAAAUAGCUCAUUUGGGAAAGGGAGUGUUACAAGAUUGGGAAGUGCUGGUGGAGCUCUAGUUGAAACAUUUCCAAGUGGCUGCUUAACUUUAGACUUUGCUUUAGGCGGUGGCCUUCCAAAAGGAAGGAUUGUCGAGGUGUUACAUUUAGUACCUUUAUGCUCUUAUCCAUCUAAUUUUCUGUGGUUGCAACCCGUGUCUUUCUGUUUCUAG